ACUUACACUACCGGCUGAACAACUAGACAAUCAGUCAGUGAAAGCAAUGGAAAGGUGGAAACAUGGACCCAGCGGUUCUUGUCUCCAGUGCACUGUCAUUCGUCCUCUAUCUUAAUUCUCUGGAUGCUGAUUUUGCGUACGACGACAGUCGAGCCAUCAAAAAGAACCAGGACCUUCUACCAGAGACCCCACUGAUCAACCUUUUCUAUGACGACUUCUGGGGAACCCCUCUCACCCACAGUGGAUCUCACAAAUCCUACAGACCCUUAUGUGUUCUCUCAUUCCGCCUGAAUUAUUUUCUCGGAGAAUUUAGUCCUUGGGGAUACCACCUAGGAAAUGUUCUCCUGCAUGUUCUUGUGACAGCCAUUUUUACAAAAUUAGUGAGGAUUUUUUUGCGCGAUGAUUUUCCUACAUUUACUGCAGGACUAUUAUUUGCAGCACAUCCUGUACACACCGAGGCAGUUGCAGGAAUUGUGGGUCGGGCAGAUGUUGGAGCCUGUUUAUUUUUCCUCCUAGCUUUCUUGUGUUAUAUAAAAUAUGUCAAAUAUCGGGACCAUGUGACGGGGAGUGAUGCCCCCUUCUGGGGGCUGCUGUGCAUUCUGGGUACAGCCAUUUUCACGACAGCGAGCAUGUUGACAAAAGAACAGGGAGUGACAGUUAUUGCGGUGUGUGCAACAUACGACCUGUUUGUUAACAACAAAGUACAAAUUACAGACAUCAUUUCAUUCAAAUGGCUUGGAAACAAGAAGAUCCGAGAGGGAAUUCUAUAUCUGGCUGUAAUUGGAUUUCUUUUAGUGGCUUUCCGGAUUGUAUUCAUGGGAAACAAGCCUCCGGAGUUUGCACCCUCGGAUAACCCAGCGUCAGAUUCUGACUCAGCCGUCACGAGAUUUCUAACAUACAUUUUACUUCCGGUUCUCAAUGUGUGGAUCUUGGUGUGUCCAAGAGUGCUCAGUUUCGAUUGGUCAAUGGAUGCAAUUCCAUUAGUGGAGUCCAUAGCAGAUAUACGCAAUUUAUUUUCAAUUGCAUUUUACGCAAUUUUAUUUUAUUUUUCUUCAAAUUUGUUGACAUAUAUACACAAAGACAGUCAUAAAAGUAGUAGUCAAAUACAUAUAAAGUCUCAUCAGAAUGGGAAUGGUGUGUCUCACCAUGGAAAUAGCACCCCAAAAUACAUUCAUAACGGCAAGCGUCAUAAACAUUCCCGGCGUGGAUCCAACAGUUCCACAGGAAGUGAGGAGGAUCCAGCAGAGACGGGGUUCACGCUCUACAAGUCUCAAGACAUCGCAAUUCUUUCCUUAUCACUCAUGGUGUUUCCGUUCAUUCCAGCUACAAAUUUAUUCUUUUACGUAGGAUUUGUGAUAGCCGAACGUGUGCUUUAUAUUCCAAGUAUGGGGUUCUGUCUUCUUGUGUCUCACGGUGCUAAUUGCUUAUACAAAAAAUACAGGAGUGAUCCGAUGAAGAAGAAGUGCAUUCUGGGAUGUGUUGGACUUCUGUUGAUGAUGUAUUCUGGGAGAACUGUGCUCCGUAAUAAAGUCUGGCAGUCUGAGGAGAAUCUCUACAGCUCAGGCUUGUCAACGAACCCAGCCAAAGCGUGGGGUAACUUGGCCAACGUAUGGAACCAGCAAGGGAGGAAGGCUGAUGCGGAGCAAGCCUAUAGGAACGCCCUCAAACACCGAGGGAACAUGGCCGACACCCACUACAACCUAGGCAUCUUGCUUCAAGAUCAGAAGAGAACGGAAGAAGCUGUAGAAAGCUACAAGAGAGCGAUUCAGUACAGACCCAAGCUGUCAAUGGCUCAUCUGAACCUGGCCAUCAUCUACGCUUCCCAAGGGAGAUAUGCUGAUGCCGAAAAGAUUUAUCGCCAUUGCGCUGACCUGGAUACAUCUGGCCUUAAGGACCCUCGCCUCCAUGAAAACACGAAGAUCUCUGCCUUGUACAAUCUGGGGCGGAUGUUGUCGGAGCAGGAGAGGAAUAGAGAGGCUGUGGAGGUCUAUAAGGAGGCGUUGAGGAGGAGGCCCAGCUAUUACGCUCCUCAGUCCAUAUACAACAUGCUAGGUGAGGUGUACAUGAAGACUGGCCAGACCGAGGAGGCUGAGCGCUGGUACAAGGAAGCCCUGAAGGCCAAGGCUGACCACAUCCCAGCCCACCUGACCAUGGCCAAACUCUUUCAUAAAAAGAAUCAGAUUAAGGAAGCUGAGGAGUGGUUUAAGAAAGCAAAGCUACUGGAUCCCGACGAUACGAUGGUGGACCACCAUUAUGCCCAGUUCCUGGGGGAAACUGGUAGACUGAAGGAAUCAUCUGCCAUGUACAGACAAGCCAUCCAGAAGUCUCCGAACGACUUUGAACUCGUCUUCAAUGCGGCUAACAUUCUCAGACAAGAUGGUGAUAAUGAGGCGUCAGAAAAACUGUACGAGAAAGCCGUUCAGCUUAAACCCAAUGUGGCAACAGCUCACAUGAAUUUGGGAGCGAUGUAUCAUUUCAAUGGAAAGCUGGAGAAGGCAGAGCAGAGUUACUUAGAGGCACUGAAACUAAAGCCUGAUGACGCAACCACACAACAAAAUCUCGUCAAACUGCGGAACCUGAUGCAGAGUAAUAGCCGACAGCGACAGAAUGGAAAACGAUGAGACAAACAUAAGAAUUACCCAUAAAUCAAGGGUCAGAAUGCAAUACAAGUUGGUUUCAUUGAGAAGAAGGGGUCAAAAUGUUGAAAGAAAUAUUACAGACCUUGAAAUAAGAAAUUUUUUAGCAUGUGGGCAAUUGUUAUUGCAAUAUGGAGUCAUUAAUUUUGUACUUUGGAAAUAAAGCAAAUAUAUAGGAUUUUUUAUCAGAUGCAAAAUGCUACUUUGACACAAAAAAGGAAAAAGAAGGUGGUGAUUAAUUUUCAGACACAAAUAAGGUUAUAUUGUACCAUUUGUUGUAUCUAUUUCAAUUGUUUUCUAUCAAGCUUUAUACUGAAAACAUUAAAUUUUAACGUGCCAUUAAUUUGUAACAAUAUUAGAAAAACCUUUACUGCAGCAAGAGGUUUAUUGCAUCUUCACAUGAACCUUGUUCAUAACAAGUGCAAGUGUUACUUUUCAUUUCAUUUUUUCAUUUUGAUAGUUUAUUUCACAAUAAUAAUGCAUGACAAGAUUAAGAUAUGAUCAAUGUUGAUGAAUGAUCAUCACUUGUACUUGUAAUACAUGCAGAUUUCAGGCUUGUCUUUUAAUAGAAAAGAGAAUCUGUACAUGAAUUUUGAAAAUUUAUAUUUGCUGAAAAAUCCUUAUUACUGCAUGUAUGUUGUUCAGUUAUUUUUAAAGUUCAUACAGUGUCAUUUAAGACGUAAUAUAUUUACAAUAUGAUAUACAUUUUUGAUGAAACUGUUAAAAGAUUAACUUGAAAAUCAAGUGUUUAUCUCUUUCUUUGAUAUAUACAGUUUAUAUAUGUACAAAUUGGUUUCUGUCUAUGCAACUGUCACAGAAAUUGUUUUCUCUCAGAUUAUUGAUACUCAGAAGAAUCAUGAACAAAACACAAUAUUUUUUGUCUCUUUAAGUAUUACUGCAUUGCUAUUCAUAUUGUCUGUCUGCAAUAAAUAGAUUUGCAUAAUGAUUUAUCUAUUCAUGUAUAUUUUGUAAUUUAUUAAUUACAUCAUGUCUAGUUUUGCAAUAUGAAUGUAUUCUGGCAAUCUGCUUGUAAUGAAGCCUAAAAUAUAGUGAGCAAUACAACAUUUAAAGGGGAGUAACUCUAAAUCAAUAAUACAAAUAGGAGAGUUCCAUUACAUAUUACACAAAGUUCUAGUCUUUUAUGUGAUGGUUAUAGUUGAGCAGCCCAGAGUUGCUGGGCUUGGUAUCAUUUUUUUUGUUCAUUAUGUGUUGUUGCUUGAAAAGCAUCGUCUGUCUGGUUAUUAUGUUUUCAUUGUAUUCUUCCAGAAAGGAUUGGGUCAUUUAUUUUACAUGUUAUUUCAUUGUGUGAUAGAAAUAAUGCUUUACAUGUGUAUGUUUAUGAUUGUACAUGUAUUUCAUGGAAAACUAGACUUAACGCUUUACAUGUGAAUGGUUAUGAUCGGUUUAUGUAUCAACUGUACAUACGUAGAUGGAUAUUAGCUCUUAUUUUACAAGUCAAAAUCCCAACAGAUCUCUAAUAGGUGUCUUUAUUUCAAACUUUUCUUUUGUAUGAAUUGGAUUGAUAUUUCAGUGUAUUUUCAGUAGAGAUGAGUCUAAGAUGAAUUGGGUGUAUGACAUUAUAUAGACUGACGUUUUUACAAAGAAGUGCUGUUUGUGAAAGGGAUGUUGUAAAUUAUGCAAUGUACAAGUUUUGACCAAUAAGAGUGGAGGAUUCUAGAAUCUGCUGAGUAUAAAAACUGAAAUGGAGGCUGUAGUAUUGUGAUACCCUAUGUGACAUUCCUUAGUUGUUGAACAAUGCCAGAGAGAGAGAGAGAGAGACAGAUUUUGUCAGGUGACUGUGAACAAACAACUACACAAAUUUCUUAUUACUCUUCUUGUUACUUUUUAGAGAACUACUCAUUUUUUUCUGUUAGACAGUAUAUAUAUUUUUUAAUUUGUUAAUGCUAUGUAACAUAAUGUUAUUAAAGAUGCGAUUAAAAACUUAAAAGAA